AUGGAGGCUCAAGGAGGAGAGAAUCGGGGAGGAGGUUCACUCCAAAGGAUAUCCGGAAUGAUUUCCCUAACUGCCACAUUUUCGGGAAAUGCAUUGAGACUCCGAAUUAGAGACAUUUUCGAUUCCCUAGAAGAAAUAGCAAAAAUGAAAGGAAGAAGGUUGAUAAAUAUGUCUGUUCAGUUGAAACUUGCAAUUAUCGCAAGCAAAUCGUUCAUUGAUAAACUAACCAGAAAUCUUUGGGAAAUUUGGCAGAUAUUUGAAGAAGCCAACGACAAAUGGAAGGCGCUUUUCCCUCUUAUUUACGGUUUUUUCCUCUACCAAACUUGUUUAUAUGUAUAUAUCGCUCUCUUCGUACGUUUUGACAUUAUUUUUCGUGUGGCAAUCGCAAUAUUUGCAGUGACAUUUUUCAUUGGAGCUUUAAUAGUGUCGUGGGCAUUAUCAAUUUUUACAUCAAUCAUAUACGACAGUUUUAUCAACAUCGGGAAAUAUAACUCUGUUAUUUUCCCACCGACAUACAGAUUUAAAAUCAUUUGUUUCAUGAAGAGAUUCGGAGGAAGACCUUUCGGGAUAUCGAUGUGGGGAUUUUUCUACGUCAAAAGAAAUUUCUUGAUCAGGAUAAAUACGUCUUAUUAUAGUGUUUUCUUCAGUUUUAUUAGCAGAACACAGUAUUCAUAUAUUACGGCAGAUAUAAAUCUUCAAUGAUAAAAUGCGGAUAUUUAUUAUGUUAAUUGUUAAAAAUUAACAAAAAGA